AGCUUUUCAUAAACAUUAAUUCGCUAUCGCAUCAGCACAGCCAACAAAUCUAUAAGCGUUAGAAGGCGUAAUGUUUAAAAGAACAUUUAAAGUUGUUUUCCGUCCUGCUAGAAAUAAUUUUGUAUUAUUACCCGAAAAUUAUUUUAAAGUAGUCUCAACAUAUGAUACUGGUUGCCUUAACUUGCAGUACAAUGCUCGCAGUCAUUAUAUAUCUUGGGCGCCACAUGCCGGAACGGUAAAAGAAACGGAAAUUGGAAUUAAUGCCCGAGUUGCAAAGGAAAUUGGCUUGAAUGAAGAUGAUCUAGUGAAGUGCGUACUUGUUGCAGAUGUGUCAUCUUUACGAAAUGUGUUCGUUACGCCUGUUACUGCCAAGGAUUGGGAGAUUUUCGAAUUAAGUAGUGAGCAAGUAUCAAAAACUAUCCUGGAACAAACGCGUAUAAUUAAUAACAAUCAAAUACUAAUUGUUUGGGUAAAUAAAUCGAUACAGGCGGCGUUAACGGUUGACCGAUUAAAGCCUAGUGUACCUUAUGGUCGAAUAGAUCACACAACUGAGCUGAUUGUUGCUCAAAACUCAUUUAAAGCUAGUGAAAAUGAUAAUAACAAUAUGGAGAAUAAUGAAUCGAAUAAAUUAUUGCGAAGUAAAACUGCCGCAUAUAUUAAUAAUAAUUUUCAUGAAAAUGACGAAUCACAAUUGCUGCCGCGAUCGAUGACAGUUAAAAACGUGAACCAGUUGUCACGUACAUUAAGUGUAGCUAAAGUGAAUUGGCAGGAUAAAAUGGAGCGUUUAAAGAAGGAUCUCCAACGUGAAAAACCGAAAUUUAUGGAAUUUCGUGUGGUUUCAGGUCUCUGGCAUGGAAAAUUACAAAUCUCUGACGUUUUGAUAAGCGAAAGCAAUCGACCCGAUUGCAUGGAUUCCGACGCGAUAUAUUGCAUGCAAACGUUAGAAAAUAAAGAGUAUUACGUGCGCGUUAAAGUAACAAGCACAGACGAAAUACCACAAACAAUUCACCCUACCGUUGAAGUUAACGUUAGUCUUAUGAAACAUUUAAAUUUAAAGGAAUUAGAGAAGGUUGUAUUUAAGCCCAAACCGAUGAUCGUGAAUUUUGUGGAAAAGAUUGAACUUUUUGCAUCUAAAAAAACUCAUUAUAAAAUCGUUGAAAAUGCCUUUAAACGAUUUGUAAUCGAGAAAACGAAAACAAGUCCUAUGCUUCUAAACCAAAACGAAGUGGUCAAAUUAGAAGAAGAUCUUAUUGUAAGCGUGACCAUUCUACCUGAACACUUUCAAUAUUGCAUGAUUGAUAUGCAAUUUUUAAAAGAAAAUAAAAUUUAUGCAGCAGAUAUUGUACGUAAAGUUGAUGAUUUGAUUGAUGUUCAAGCCAAUGUGGAGUCACCCCUUAGCGUGAAGGAUCUCAUUAUGCUACCAAAACUUGAUUCGAUUGUUAGUUCGUUGAUUUAUGAACUGAAAAGUAAUUUAUGUCUCGACUCAAAAAAUUCCAUUCUUCGACAGACGAAUAUACUUCUCUCAGGAGCGACAGGAACAGGGAAAACUGUUGUUGUUGAGCGAGUACUGGAUCAGUUGAUACGUAAGCCAUUUUACUGUUAUUUUGAUAUUUUUUAUUGCACCCGUAGUAAAGGACGCAAGGCUGAAUCCAUUCAAAAGGAUUUACGAACACUUUUUACAACUUCUCUUCAAAACGCGCCAUCAAUUCUCGUUCUGGAAAAUUUAGAUGCCUUGGCUCAUACCUCAGGGGAACAGAUUACUCACGAUGGUGAAUACUACAAUCGAAUCGCCGAUACAGUACAUCAGCUGAUAGUUCAAUACACCAGUAGCCAUCCCAUAGCUGUCAUUGCUACAAUUAACGACGUGCAAACGCUUAAUACCCGAUUGUAUUCCCCCCGUGGCAGACAUCUCUUCCAAACUAUUGUUAAGCUGCCAAAUUUAGAAUUAUUAGAUCGCGAAGUGAUUCUUAAGGAACUUUGUGGUCACAUUAGGAGCAACAAACUAGAUUUUAAAAGGUUCGCUGGAUUGACCGAGGGUUACAAUUACAGUGAUUUAGUGCAAUUUGUUGAACGGGCGAUUUUCUAUGCUUAUCGUAUAAAUAAAAUUCAUCCGAUUCUUACAAAUGAACAACUAAUGAAUUCGCUUGAGAGUACAAACGCUUAUUGCUUGCACGGAAUUGUAAGCUAUAAUUUGGCGAAAAAUAGUCUUGAGGGCAAUGAAGUAUCCAUUGAAAAAACGCCCGCCUUGGAAUCGGUUGUGUCGGUUCUUGAGGAAGUCUUAAGGUGGCCGUCAAGGUAUCCAAGUAUUUUUAAUCUGUCGCCACUGCGGAACCAAGCUGGUGUUUUAUUGUACGGCCCUCCCGGUACGGGAAAGACGUAUCUGGUAUCAAAAAUUAGUAGUUGCUGGAAUUUGCGAAUAAUAUCUGUGAAAGGGCCUGAACUCUUAGCCAAAUAUAUCGGACAAAGUGAAGAAAAUGUACGAAACCUCUUCAAUAGAGCGCGAAGCGCCAAGCCUUGCGUACUUUUUUUUGAUGAAUUUGAUAGCUUAGCACCUAAACGUGGUCACGAUUCAACCGGUGUUACCGAUCGCGUUGUCAAUCAACUACUAACUGAACUGGAUGGUGUAGAAGAUUUGCAAGGUGUUACGGUUAUUGCAGCAACUUCCAGACCCGAAUUACUUGAUCCGGCUUUAUUGCGUUCGGGACGUAUAGAUCGUUUGGUUGAAUGUUCCUUGCCAAAUGACGCUGCUCGAUUAGCCAUAUUCAAAGCUCUUUCUCAAACUCUUGCUCUUGACGAAACUGUCGAUUUUGAAUAUUUCGCUUCAAAAACGCAAAAUUAUACUGGUGCCGACAUUCAAAGUAUAUUAACGUCAGCUAAUAUGAUUGCAAUAAAAGAGGCCUUGGGAGAAUGUAAUAAGAGUUCAUUAGAUAAAGUUUUGGUGAAGCAAAACCAUUUGAUCGAGGCCUUUAACACUACACGUCCAUCUCUUAGUGCCAUCGAUAUUGGCAAAUAUCAAAAAACUUACGCAAAAUUUACAAACAAAGACAAGAGCUCACGAGAAUAUGUAUCGAAACGGACGACACUUGCUUAGUUCGGAUGCCUGUACAAGUUUCAAUUAAAAGACAAGUCACAUAAUUUAUUUAUUUUCUAGCAAUCAACUAUUUGCAAAGGGGUUAAGGAAUAUAUAUAUAUAUAUAUAUAUAUAUUUAUUAUUAUUAUUAUUAUUAUUAUUUUUAUUAUUGUUAUGCAUGUACAUUGUUUGAAUGCAUGCAUAUUUUCAUGCAUUCACAUACACUUCACUUUUCCAAGCAAUAUGUUGUUAUAAUAAAAAAAUGCUUGAGUGAAUUUU